AUGCAAACAACCAGUAAUCUUUCUACAUAUAACCUCAGUUAUUUUACUGCUACUUCAAGCAAAUCAAUCUCAGAUGACAAAAGCCAAAAAUUACUGUCAAAAAUAGAAUCUACAAUAUGCCGUCUACCAGACUUGGAUCCAUGGGACGAUAAGGCCAAGAAGUUCAUUGAUAAGUCGCUAAAUGAAAUGGACGGAUGUGAAGUUAAGUUUGAGUUUAUUACCAAACUAAUCAAUGGAAGGGUAGUUCUGGAUAGAGAUGAAGAACAAAAUGCUACUAAAUGUGCAUUUAGGUACGUUGGGACCUUAUAAUACUCAAUGUUUUAAAAUGGAAAUAAACUUUACUUCUACAAAACACUAAGUAUAACAAUAUGCCGCUUAACACUGAUAUUACAGGUGUUUUUAUUCAAAAAACGACUAUGAGUUCACUUAUGGUACGAUUUAUGACAUUUCUGUACGUCCAGACUGCGACGUGCUUGAAGUAAACUGUACCAAAGAGUAUGUUAACAGAAGUCCAUAUAGUGUUCUUCAUACUCAAAUCUAUAGAAAAGAGUAAGCAUACUACAACAUUUUUACACACUUUUACUUUUAUCUUUGAAAAUAUGUCUAAUCCUCUACAUUACAGUAUCCCACCAUUACCUUCGCCUACAGUACAACCCAAUGUCUCUACAACAACACCUCCAGACAAAAUCGAUGUUAGACUACCUCAGAAGACAUCAUCAAAACCUACAGUUCCUCAAAAGCCUGACGUCCAUCUUCUGAUUCUGGAUUCUGUAUCUUCUACACAACUCAUGCGAUCCAUGUCGGCUACAGUAAACUUUCUACGCAAUGAGAUGGACGCUAUCAUAUUUCCGUAUUUAAACAAAGUAGGCAUCAACAGCAUGCCCAAUGCCUAUGCCAUGUUGAUGGGACGUCAGAUAUAUGAGGUAAAACAAUCACCUGUCACUAACAUUCAGAAGCCAGAAUUAAAUUCUACUGAGUACUGUAACAAAUACUUGGACGAUGAGCAAUUCAUUGGGUUUGAGUUCAAGAGGAAGGGAUAUAAGACCAUGUGGAGUGAGGAUUGGGACAUGGGAGCGUUCAAUUGGUUGGCAUGCAAAGGGUUUCUGAGGCCACCGGUCGAUCAUUACAUGAGGUAACAUUUAACAUCAUACCUUGGUAAAACUAAAAAAUUUACUAUAAUAUUUUGAUCUAUUACUAAAUUUAAUACCUGUAGAAUACUGUAAUGCUAAAACAUAAUAACUUUGUUGUAUAGUUACCUUGUUUUAGACCCUUCCAACUCCAAUUAGAGAAACAGAAGCCUUUCACGAUAAACAAGACUUUACCGUCAUUCGAGCUCCAGAUGAAGACCAGCAACAGUAGUACACUUCAGAAGGAUCGUAUGUACAAAGAUUUGUGUAAAGAACCACACGAGUACCAGAUGGACUACUUACAAAAGUUCAUCGAUGCUUAUCAAGAUAAGCCCAAGUUCUCGAUUACCUGGAGUGCUUACCUUGCUCAUGAUGAUACUAAUGCGCUGUAUCAUGUAGACUUGUACUACAAGAAGUUCUUUAGAAGGAAUAGAGAAAAGGUAUUAUAUUUAGUGGCGAGGGGGUAAACUUGGUCUUUUUACGAAAGUGGGGCGGGUUAAAAAUAUAUUUUUUGCUUAUGAAGCACUUUCAAAUUAUGCUACAUGAGAGCGAACAAAAUGUUACUAGGUAUUAUUAGGUACACGAUACCACUAAAAAGUAAAAUGUAACGUAAUUGUAAUCUUUAGUUCUCCAACUCAUUCAUCUUUAUCAUGGGAGAUCACGGUAAUCGCUACGAUAAGAUAAGAGCUACAAAGCUCGGUGAAGCUGAAGAGAAGAACCCAGCCUUGCUGUUAACCCUACCUGAACAUCUUCGUGAAAACAAAGCGAUAAAAGACAGUAUUAGCAAGAACACCUUACAAUUGACUACUCACUUUGACACUUAUGCCACUUUGGUCGACAUUGCUCAUGUAAGUUAGCUUAUAUCUAUGUUAAAGUACUAGUUUUUAGCUAAAAACUACUAUUCGUAAAUUUACAGCUAUACAUAAUAUUACUGCAAAAAUUUAGAACAACUACUCUACAACCUCCACUACGUCAAACUCCACAAAACCUCACAGACCAAGCCAUCUAGACAUCAUCGGAGAGUCAUAUCUUCACCCUUACAACCUCUCAAAGCCUCGAAACUGUAAUAACCAAAGAAUAUCUUUCGAUUACUGUAACUGUCAGUUUAAAGAAAGCCUUGUAAACAACACAGACCUUAUCAACAACAUCUCCAAGUUCGUGUUAACCACAGUAAACGAAGCCAUUGCACGGCACAACUACUCUGACGUAUGUUCUAUAUUAGAAUUGGCCAAGAAUCAUAAGCCAGAAGUAUAUGAGUUUGAACCGAAAAUUAAUUUUGACACGUACAAGGUUACUGUAAAAGUAGAACCGAGUGGAGGAUUACUGUGGGGUUAUGUUAAGGCUGUAGAUGGAGGUAAUAGUGGAUUCAGAUUGAUUUCUGAGAGAUUCGCUAGAAUGGAUUCUUAUCGAGAUACUGCGUUCUGUUGUAAUGACACUAAUGUAAGUGUAUAUCGUUCGUAUAUCUCACAAAUGCCACAGUAGAGUACGAUACUGUAGUACGUAAGAACAUGACUUAAGAUACUUUAUUAGAUAGAUGUAACCCUUAUAAUGACAUAGUUAUUGUUACCUACUCUUUUCAGAUACGACCAUACUGUUUCUGUAAAGAACUCUUGACAAGACCAAUUAGACUUAACUAUGUAUAACCUAAACCUUCAGUAACGUGCCUACUAUCUAUAUCAUCAACAAUAUCUCUACUUCCACUCUCCAAAAGAAUAGUACAAAUUUAUUUAUUUCACUGUAAAGAAUGUCACCAAAACCAAAAAUUACGGUAGGACGCCGGUUUUUGACCCAAUAGUACAGUAGUAUACUAUUUACUUCUUUCCAGUAGGAGUGUUAUCAGUGAUAGAUGGAGGUCCGCCCAUUCCAAUGAAAGUCCUCUUGAAUCUCGCAAAAUCUAGUCCAUUGACUGCGGCCAAGACAGCGGCCAAAAGAGUCAAAAGCAUAAAGAAUCUCAUUUCUACUGCAGUAGCUACUGUAAUAUCAAACAGCUUUUACUGGUAA